CCCCCCUCCCCCCCGGCCGGGAAAGGAGAAGCGCGAGGAGGAGGAAGAAGCCCCUCCCCUGCUGCUGUCGAACAGUUCUCCCCAUCUCCCCCGGGGGAAAAUACCAGGCUCGAGAAAACAAAAGAAAUCCAGGCUCUGGGCCUUGUAUAAAUAAACGAACCCCACCCACCGCCCAAGAACCGCAGAAUCGAGCAGGCGCCUUUCCGGGGUUUUCCCUCCCGGGGUUGGGGGUUUUUCCGAUCCGGGCGGCAGUUUCUUGUCCCGUCUCUCAGAGUGGUUUCGUUCUCGUUCCCAUUCGUCUCGUCGAUCGGAGCCGGCCUGUCGCCGGCCGGCUUGCGUUCCUGCGUCGCUGGGACUGGGAGGGAGAGCGGGCGGAAGCUUUGGGUUGUGAUGGAAUCCGAGGCCGGGGCAAUGCGGAGGUGGUAGGGGCGGCCGGCCAUCGCUGCCGGAGUUUGAUCCGUCCAAGGAGGAGGUCCGCUUUCUGGGACACGACGCCGACGCGACGCCAUGCUGCACAACAGAUCGAGGAGAGCGGUUGGUGGCGCUGGUGCCAAGCAAGGAGGAGGAGCAGGCGGCCUCGUGGCUGAGCCCCCCGCCGCCCAAUCGCCGAGGCAUCCGUCUUCUUCCGCUGCUGCUGUCCCCGUGUUCCCGUCGCCGAGGCCGUUCAUGGCGAUGGCGCUGCCCCAGGCGGGGCUCCUGGACGGCUCCUCCGAGGGCCCCUCGUCGGCCAUGAGCCCCACCUCUAUUCUCGAGACCAAGCAGUUCUGCUGCUCCGCGCUGCCCCCGUUCCGGUCGGAGCGGAGCCUCAGGCGGGCGCACCACGUGGACGCGGCCGUCGCGCCGGAGCCGGCCGGCGUCGGCCUCGCUGACGUGCUCCGGGACCACGGGGACGCCAAGCUCGGCGGCGGCAAGGUGGUGUUCGGGUCCCAGCUCAGGAUCCAGGUCCCCGCCGGCAGGGCCGUCGAGCUGGUGUCCUCCCCGAUUGAGUUCGGCGUCAAGAACCGGGACGCGCAGCUGGCGGUGCUCUCGCCCGCCAGGAGGUUCCUGCCGGAGGUGGUCAGCUCGCCGUCCGCCAGGGUGUUCGCCGGGGCCGUGGCGCCCGGGGAAGUGGCCAUGUCGGAGGACUACACCUGCGUCAUCUCGCGGGGCCCCAACCCGAGGACCAGGCACAUCUUCGACGACUGCAUAGUUGAGAGCUGCGGAGAUGUGCUCGUCGAGAAGAUGGACAAAGGCGCCGGCGCUGCUGACGGCGGCGGCGCGGCUGUGGCUGGUGGCUUCUUGAGCUCUUGCCACGCAUGCAACAAGCAACUUGGGCACGGCAAUGACAUCUUCAUCUAUCGAGGUGACAAGGCAUUCUGCAGCAGUGAGUGCCGGUAUCAGGAGAUGCUUUUCGAUGAAGCAGUGGACAAUUUGCGCUAGAUGAUGAUCGAAAAGAGGAUGUUAGUGGAGGAGAAGGCAUGAUGAUCCUGAAUAACCGAGACAAGUUUUUAAAAUUUUUUUUUUUGCUUCUUUUUCUUCCUUUUUGUUGUGUCACCUUUGCGAGAUUGCAUGCUGUUUUUGGUCAUGGAGGAGGGAAUGAUUUAGUCUUUUGCGGAUUAAAGACCUUUGGCACCCACUUUUGUAAGAGGUUGCAGAUUGAUGAUCUGGACUUCUUGUUCAUGCGACUUUCCUGGUUAGUUGCUAGUUCUGAUGCGCCUGUUCUACUUCUAUGUUUAUUCAUGUGACUCCCAGAGUGAAUUCCAAAGCAAAUUGAAGAAAAGUUAGCCCCUUUGCUCUG